ACAGGCGCGGCGCAUUUCUGUAUUUAGAGUAGCGUAACGCGUCACCACUAUCAUUAAGUUUAGAAUUGUUAGAACUGCGCUGCUACUUACUAUUAACUGCUGCAGCUGCGGGGAAACACUUAAUAACAAAUAUAUCACGGAUAAUUGAUUGAUUGCGCUUGUAAGACGGCAGCAUUGAAUUGCAUUGUAGUGGUGGGUUGGUCUCUGGCUGGUCAGUCAUCUGCGAUCGAUGCCGAUCUUAACGGAUUAGGUAGCGACCUAGCAGCACCUCAGUGAGUGAUUAGAAUUACUGUCGUCGAGAUGAAUUCCUUCGCCGUUGGAUUUGUUCUGUGCCUGAUCGCUGCCUGUGGAAUUGCUGGACCUACCGUUCACUUGAUCAAAGUGGAAGACAAUGAUUUCCCUUCGUCGGAUCGCCAAUAUCCUGCAAAUCCGGAUUUGGGAGAUGUAGUGGAUCCCGUCUGGAUGACAGUUACCAUGAGGCCACUGAUCAAAACAACUGUCGUCAACCCCGUCGGAAAAAGCGUUCCAGCACUUCCGAACUCUGGUGUUUCGGUUGGAAAUGACCUACAGCAGUUCGUGCCCUAUCAACCGCAACAACCACAGCUCCCUCAACAACCUCGACCUCAAGUAACGAGGCCUCAGCAACCUCAAGGUGUACCUCAAGUAGUACCUCAAGUGCGAACUCAAUCGCAAUAUCCUCAAUCGCAAUAUCCUCAAUCUCAAUAUCCUCAAUCUCAGUAUCCUCAAUCUCAAUAUCCCCAAGUUCAAACUCAAUACCCUGCUUCUCAACAACCGCAACCCUAUCCCUAUAAACCGUCCUUUAGUCCAACCUACUAUAACCAACAACCAGCUUCAACUGGAUCGCUAGGAUCAACUGGGACUCAACAAAAACAGUAUCCGUAUCCCUACUACCAGUAUCAGACCAGUUACCCUGGAGCAUAUUCGUGGUAUUCGCAAGGAUCGGUUCCCCAGUUUUAUCAAACAGCACCCCAGCCCAUCAACUCUGCACCUUGUCUAGGAGAUUCAGACACGGUCCUAGAAUAUUUGAGUGGUUGGGACAAUUAGUGUUCAAUUUCUACUUUCUUUUGCUGUACGUACCUUUCUCUAGGCCAACAAAUGACAACUUCGAAAAAGAAUAAUAAAUUUCCAUUUUUAUCUAAA